AUAGAUACGGCCAAACUUGUCUUGGCCUUCUGCUACUUGCGGCAAAGGAUCGUAAUGCAAGAGAAUUUAUGGUAUUUUUCUGCAAUUUGAUGUUGCAUCUCGUCUUCAAGCUUGAGCUAUAGCUCAUCUUAGCAACCUGUCCAUUCAAAAACCAAAGAUCGAACACGAAGAAAUUCGGAGAUGAAUCUUUACGCGGACGACCUUUCUGUACUCGACUUUAAUUUCAGUUAUUCGGAUCCGAUUUUCAACCCCUAUGCAUAUCGUCGCUCUUAUUUGACAAGCUCUUCGACUUCAUUGUAUGAUAUUGAUGAUGAUUAUGAUGUUCCCGGUGAUGGAAGGAACGAUUCUGAUGAGAAAAAGCCGGAGGUACAACAUCCAAGUCCGCCCAAGCAUCGCCAUGAUGGCACGUCGCCUCUGCCUUUGGGAAUGGAUUGGAGUCUUCCUCCUCGAAAAUGGGAUGGACGUAAUUCUGUUUGGCCUAAUGAUCCUCACGGGGGUUGGAGUUAUUGCGUGACAGUUCCUUCGUGGGUUGUCCAGCCGGAAUCAAGAGGUUCUGAUUCCGUUGUAUUUUACAGGGUUCAAGUUGGCAUACAAUCCCCUGAAGGAAUCACCACUACACGAGUUAUCUUUCGCCGAUUUAAUGAUUUUCUGAAGCUGUUUUCAGAUUUGAAAAAAGAAUUUGCUGUGAAAAAUUUGCCCCCGGCUCCACCAAAGAAGUUAUUGAAAGUUAAAAGCCAGAAAGUGUUGGAAGAGCGAAGGUGUUUGUUAGAGGAUUGGAUGGAAAAACUGUUAUCAGAUAUUGAUGUAUCGCGAAGUGCUCCGGCAGCAAUAUUCCUUGAACUGGAAGCUGCUGCUCGAUCAGCAUUCCAUAAUUCACAGCAGAUGUCAGGUGGAACUUCAGUUAAUGGUACUACAUCAUAUGUUCUCCAAGACGAUCCACAUGGUUCUGCAUCUGUUGCAUCAGAUUCUGGCAAUGAUACUUCUUAUGAAGUAUCUGAGCUUGGAACACCAAGGCAUGGAAAAGAUGGGUAUUCUGAUCUGGACAAUUCAAUAGCAGAACAUGACUUGAUUAAUUCAGCAAGAACAACUAUUGGGCGUGCUGAAUCCAACAAAGAAUUUAUUAAGGAGGAUGCGUCAAAAUUUUCCCUGGAUAACAUGCAAACUGACAAUAGUGCUAUAGACAAAGUCACUGAGAAAGCUACUGAUAUUAAAGUUCUCCGCUUAGAUGGAACUGAAUUUGUUCCCAAACUACAAGAUAAGAUGGAUGGCCAUGUUAAGAGAUUGUCAACAGACAGCAUUGGAAGUGACUUAAGUUCUAUAAGGAAUAGUGAAAUAUCAAAUCUAAGCAUGGAUUUGUUGGUGACUCUUCCAUCUGAGGGGCGACACAAGUUAAACAGAAUUCUUGUUACCCUGCAGCAGAGACUGACAACAGCAAAAACAGAUGUGGAAGAUCUUUUAGCAAGAUUAAAUCAAGAAAUGGCUGCUAGACAAUUUCUCAUAACAAAGGUUAAAGAUUUGGAAGUUGAACUUGAAACAACUCAACUGAACUGUAGAGAGAAUAUGCACCAGGCUGUUCUAGCUGAAAGGGAAAGGUUUACACAAAUGCAGUGGGAUAUUGAGGAACUUAGGAGGAAGUGCCUGGAUAUGGAAAUCAAAUGGAAGUCUGAAGAGGAUGAAAGACUGCAAGUGGAGUCAGUGAAAGCAUCUGUCGUUAAAGAAAAUGAAAUAUUGCAGCAAGAGCUUGAUUUUGCAAGAGAACAACUUGAGAACUUGCAGAAGUGUCAUGAUGAGCUUGAGAUGAAAUCAAAGGCAGAUGUGAAGGUGCUAAUAAAGGAGGUCAAAUCCCUUAGAAGUUCUCAGUCAGAAUUGAAGCAGCAACUCAGCGAAUUGGUGAAGGAAAAACUAGAGGCUGAGAGAAGUCUCCAUAAAGAAAAGCAAAGAUUGAAACUUUCAUAUGAAGCCAAUGCAAAGUUGCUGCGUGAGUGUGGAAUUCUUCAAAAGAGGCUUCAAGAGUGCAGUGUUAACUUUCUUGUUGAGGAGGAAGAUAAACUAAUUGUUGAUACUUCUCCGUCUGAUGCUUUGGAUUUAUUAGCAAUGUCAGAUAAUCGAAUUGGUCUCCUACUCGCUGAGGCGCAACUCUUGGCACAAGAUGUAGAAAAUGCUGCUGGUGCUGUAGAUGAGACUCGCAGUACAACUUCAGGUGAUACAGUGACAACUGACGAUGAGCUGAGGAGGCUUCUGGCACACAUGUUUGUAGACAAUGCCAGUUUAAGGAAGCAGAUCAAUUCGGUACUUCGUCUAGCUCUGAAUGCGACUGCUAAAUCUGACGAGGAGGAGGAGGAGGAGGAUGAUGAGGAAGAGGAAAUUAAUUUGAGAAAAACUGUUUUAAGCCAGUUCUUAGAAAAAUAACACAGUUGAUUCUACAUGUAUGCUUGCAAAUUAGUUGGUCAAUUCUCUGUUAUAUUUUUUAUUUCCCACAGUCCCUUGUAUAAUUUUUUCUUUAUUUUGGCCAUCCCUUGUGUAAAUUCCAGAAUAAAUGAAAACUUUAGUCGCAACCAUAAA